AUGUCGAUAGCUUCUUCUUGUGGAACAAUUCCUCCGGUAGUUAGUAGUUACUCCCCAAAGGGUGUAAUUAAAAAUGUUUCCAAUUUAGAUAUCUAUACUGUGGUUCCUGACUCAUUCGCUGAAGCUCAAACUAAAAAUGCGAUUAUAAUUUGUUAUGAUAUUUAUGGAUUUCAUGAAAAUGUAAAACAAUUUUGUGAUAUAUUGGGAAGCCAAG